GCGCCGCCGCUCUGCGCAUGCGCCGGGGACUCGCGGAGCUCGGGCUGCAGACUCCCGGGCCGGAGCUCCUGUCAGUCGUGGGUCGGUCCCUCUGCCGGCCCACCCCUUCCUCCUUCUCCGGGGGAGGCGCGGUGGAGUCCGCCCCCAGGCUCCCCCAAUGGGGGAGAAGCGGCGACCGCAGCCGUGGAAUAGCCGAGCCGGAGAGUGAGCGGCCCAGGGGCCCGGUUCACCGCGGAGGCCAUGGGCGACCCGGCCCCCGCCCGCAGCCUGGACGACAUCGACCUGUCCGCCCUGCGGGACCCCGCCGGGAUCUUUGAGCUGGUGGAGGUGGUUGGCAAUGGAACCUACGGACAGGUGUACAAGGGGCGGCAUGUCAAGACCGGGCAGCUGGCUGCCAUCAAGGUCAUGGAUGUCACGGAGGACGAGGAGGAAGAGAUCAAGCAGGAGAUCAACAUGCUGAAAAAGUAUUCUCACCACCGCAACAUUGCCACCUACUAUGGGGCCUUCAUCAAGAAGAGUCCCCCCGGGAACGAUGACCAGCUCUGGCUGGUGAUGGAGUUCUGUGGUGCUGGUUCCGUGACUGACCUGGUGAAGAACACAAAAGGGAACGCCCUGAAGGAGGACUGCAUCGCCUACAUCUGCAGGGAGAUCCUCAGGGGGCUGGCCCAUCUCCAUGCCCAUAAGGUGAUCCAUCGAGACAUCAAAGGGCAGAACGUGCUGCUGACAGAGAACGCGGAGGUCAAGCUAGUGGAUUUUGGGGUGAGUGCUCAGCUGGACCGCACUGUGGGCAGAAGAAACACUUUCAUUGGGACCCCGUACUGGAUGGCCCCAGAGGUCAUCGCCUGUGAUGAGAACCCUGACGCCACCUAUGAUUAUAGGAGUGACAUCUGGUCUUUAGGGAUCACGGCCAUCGAGAUGGCAGAGGGAGCGCCCCCUCUGUGUGACAUGCACCCCAUGCGAGCCCUCUUCCUCAUUCCUCGGAACCCUCCACCCCGGCUCAAGUCCAAGAAAUGGUCUAAGAAGUUCAUCGACUUCAUUGACACGUGUCUCAUCAAGGCUUACCUGAGCCGCCCGCCCACCGAGCAGCUGCUGAAGUUCCCCUUCAUCCGAGACCAGCCCACGGAGCGGCAGGUCCGCAUCCAGCUCAAGGACCACAUUGACCGGUCCCGGAAGAAGCGGGGCGAGAAAGAGGAGACGGAGUACGAGUACAGCGGCAGUGAGGAGGAAGACGACAGCCACGGAGAGGAAGGAGAGCCAAGCUCCAUCAUGAAUGUGCCUGGGGAGUCCACGCUCCGCCGGGAGUUCCUCCGGCUCCAGCAGGAGAAUAAGAGCAACUCCGAGGCAUUGAAGCAGCAGCAGCAGCAGCAGCAGCUGCAGCAGCAGCGGGACCCCGAGGCGCACAUCAAACACCUGCUGCACCAGCGGCAGCGGCGGAUAGAGGAGCAGAAGGAGGAGCGGCGGCGCGUGGAGGAGCAACAGCGUCGAGAGCGCGAGCAGCGGAAGCUGCAGGAGCAGGAGCAGCAGCGGCGGCUGGAGGACAUUCAGGCCCUGAGGCGGGAGGAGGAGCGGCGGCAGGCGGAGCGGGAGCAGGAAUAUAUCCGUCACAGGCUAGAGGAAGAGCAGCGACAGCUCGAGAUCCUUCAGCAACAGCUGCUCCAGGAACAGGCCCUACUGCUGGAAUACAAGCGGAAGCAGCUGGAGGAGCAGCGGCAGUCAGAGCGUCUCCAAAGGCAGCUGCAGCAGGAGCACGCCUACCUCAAGUCCCUGCAGCAGCAGCAGCAGCAGCAACAGCAGCAGCAGCAGCAGCAGCAAAUCCUACCUGGGGACAGAAAGCCUCUGUAUCACUAUGGUCGGGGCAUUAAUCCCGCUGACAAGCCAGCCUGGGCCCGAGAGGUGGAAGAGAGAACAAGGAUGAACAAGCAGCAGAGCUCUCCCCUGGCCAAGACGAAGCCAGGCGGCACAGGCCCGGAGCCUGCCGUCCCUCAGGCCUCCCCAGGCCCCCCAGGCCCUCUUUCCCAGACUCCUCCUAUGCAGAGGCCGGUGGAGCCCCAGGAGGGACCACACAAGAGCCUGGUGGCACACCGGGUCCCACUGAAGCCAUAUGCAGCACCUGUACCCCGAUCCCAGUCCCUGCAGGACCAGCCCACCCGAAACCUGGCUGCCUUCCCAGCCUCCCACGACCCUGACCCUGCCAUCCCCACGCCCACUGCUACGCCCAGUGCCCGAGGAGCGGUCAUCCGCCAGAAUUCAGAUCCCACGUCUGAAGGGCCUGGCCCCAGCCCAAACCCCCCAGCCUGGGUCCGGCCAGAUAACGAGGCCCCGCCCAAGGUGCCUCAGAGGACCUCAUCUAUUGCCACUGCCCUUAAUACCAGUGGGGCCGGAGGGCCCCGGCCAGCUCAGGCUGUCCGCGCCAGACCUCGCAGCAACUCCGCCUGGCAAAUCUAUCUGCAAAGGCGGGCAGAGCGGGGCACCCCCAAGCCUCCAGGGCCCCCUGCUCAGCCCCCUGGCCCGCCCAACGCCUCUAGUAACCCGGACCUCAGGAGGAGCGACUCUGGCUGGGAGCACUCCGACAGCGUCCUCCCGGCCGCACAUGGGCGUCUCCCCCAGGCUGGCUCCCUGGAGCGAAAUCGAAGCCGUGUGGGAGGUAUCAGUGACCUCCCUUCUCCUACCCUGCUCGGUCCAGCCUCCACCAAACUGGACAGCUCCCCCGUGCUCUCCCCUGGGAACAAAACCAAGCCUGAUGACCACCGUUCCCGGCCAGGCCGACCCGCAAGCUAUAAGCGAGCGAUUGGUGAGGAUUUUGUGCUGCUGAAGGAGCGAAACUUGGAUGAGGCCCCCCGGCCACCCAAGAAGGCCAUGGACUACUCGUCCUCCAGUGAGGAGGUGGAGAGCAGCGAUGACGAGGAGGAGGAGGGCGAUGGUGAACCAUCGGAGGGCAGCAGAGACACCCCUGGGGGCCGCAGCGAUGGAGACACAGACAGUGUCAGCACCAUGGUGGUUCACGACGUGGAGGAAAUAGCUGGGACCCAGCCCCCAUACGGGGGCGGCACCAUGGUGGUCCAGCGGACUCCCGAGGAGGAACGCAGCCUGUUGCAUGCUGACAGCAACGGCUACACGAACCUUCCAGACGUGGUCCAGCCCAGCCACUCCCCCACUGAGAGCAGCAAAGGCCAGAGUCCCCCCUCAAAGGAUGGCGGCAGUGAUUACCAAUCCCGUGGGCUGGUAAAGGCCCCUGGCAAGAGCUCCUUCACCAUGUUUGUGGACCUAGGAAUCUACCAGCCUGGAGGCAGCGGGGAUACCAUCCCCAUCACAGCUCUGGUGGGUGGCGAGGGAGCUCGCCUGGACCAGCUGCAGUAUGAUGUGAGGAAGGGCUCUGUGGUCAACGUGAACCCCACCAACACCCGGGCUCACAGUGAGACUCCCGAGAUUCGGAAGUACAAGAAGCGAUUCAAUUCCGAGAUCCUCUGUGCAGCCCUUUGGGGGGUCAACCUGCUAGUGGGGACGGAGAACGGGCUGAUGCUGCUGGACCGAAGCGGGCAGGGCAAGGUGUACGGGCUCAUUGGGCGGCGACGCUUCCAACAGAUGGAUGUACUGGAAGGGCUCAACUUGCUCAUCACCAUCUCAGGGAAAAGGAACAAACUGCGGGUGUAUUACCUGUCCUGGCUCCGGAACAAGAUCCUGCACAACGACCCAGAGGUGGAGAAGAAGCAGGGCUGGACCACCGUGGGGGACAUGGAGGGCUGUGGACACUACCGAGUCGUGAAAUAUGAGCGUAUCAAGUUCCUGGUCAUUGCCCUGAAGAACUCUGUGGAGGUGUAUGCCUGGGCCCCCAAGCCCUACCACAAAUUCAUGGCCUUCAAGUCUUUUGCUGACCUCCCGCACCGCCCUCUGCUGGUCGACCUGACAGUGGAGGAGGGACAGCGGCUUAAGGUCAUCUAUGGCUCCAGUGCUGGCUUCCAUGCCGUCGAUGUUGACUCGGGCAACAGCUACGACAUCUACAUCCCUGUGCACGUGAGCUUGGCAGGGCCACGGGAGAACGGGAACUCAGAGUCUAGACCCCAGGCCCGGGUACCAGCGCCCGUCUCCCCCCAGAUCCAGUGCCAGAUCACGCCCCACGCCAUCAUCUUCCUGCCCAACACCGACGGCAUGGAGAUGCUGCUGUGCUACGAAGAUGAAGGCGUCUACGUCAACACCUACGGGCGGAUCAUCAAAGACGUGGUGCUGCAGUGGGGAGAGAUGCCCACCUCCGUGGCCUACAUCUGCUCCAACCAGAUAAUGGGCUGGGGUGAGAAAGCCAUCGAGAUCCGCUCCGUGGAGACGGGACACCUAGACGGGGUCUUCAUGCACAAACGGGCCCAGAGGCUCAAGUUCCUGUGCGAGCGGAAUGACAAGGUAUUUUUUGCCUCUGUCCGCUCUGGGGGUAGCAGCCAAGUUUACUUCAUGACCCUGAACCGUAACUGCAUUAUGAAUUGGUGAUGGCCGGGCUGGGGCCGCCUACACUGGACCAGCUCCUGCAGCGGACUUCCCCAGCUGUUCCAUGCUCCUCCCUGGGCUUUUGCUUUUAUUGGUUUGAUUCACUGGAGCCUGCUGGGAACAUGACCUCUGACCCCUCCCAUGCUUUUGUGAUCAUGUGACCAUCCUUCCCCCACCAUGUUCUCUCCCUUAAACUGUGCCUCUCCCCCCAACUUCUGGGAGGGGUACAGCUUCUUACCAGGAGUAGAGUGGGCCUUCUCUUGCCCUUUCUCCACUUAGGAGAGUGCUUGGGGCUCAGACCCCUUUCCCCACUGCUGCUGACUGGGCAGGGCCCUGGACCCCUUUAUUUGCACGUCAGGGGAGCCGGCUCCCCCCUUGAAUGUACCAGACUCUGGGGGGGUCACUGGGCCCUAAGUUCUAAGGUGGGGUCACCAGCCACUCCAGGGGCAGGGACCAUUUCCUCAUUUUCUGAAAGCACUUUAAUGAUUCCUUUCCCCUUCAAACCCCAGGGAAUGGAGGGGGGACCCCAUCAACCAAAACAUUCCCCCUUCCCAGCCCCUGUCCGUCAUAGCCUCUCCCCUGCCCUGGUGGAGGGAGGGAGCGGGUGCUCUCACCUCCACGCCCCUUGCUUGCAUCUGUACAUAGUGAGAGCAGCAGGUAACCUCUCCUCCCGCCCUGCCCCUCCUCAAUGUAGUGGCCUUGGACAUCCCGUUUGUUAAUAAAGACAGUUCAACCAGCUCCA